CCGAGAGUGGCGGUGGUGCCCGAAGCACCCUAAGGCACCGUUUUCCUCCGCGCCCGCCUCCCCGGAGGGGAAGGAGCGGGCCAUGGGGCGAAGGGGCGGAUCUUCACCCCGCCGGCUUCCUAGGACGCCUGCGCCAGCCGGGGCUUCCUCCUCUGCCUUGCACCGAGUCGGCUGCGGUGGCUAAGCUGUGCGGAUCUUGCGGCUUCCCCGGCGCUAGUUGGAAAAGAUCUUUCUCCAACAUGAAUGCCUUCCUGGAGACACUCAGAUUCAUUGUGCUGACUGUAUAUUUUUUACUGGAGUCCAUCUUUUUGUUAUUUAUUCCUGUGCGGAAGAAGAAUGUUGCUGGUGAGAUAGUGCUUAUAACUGGAGCUGGAAGUGGUAUUGGAAGACUUAUGGCUUUAAAAUUCGCUCGUCUUGGAGCCACUUUAGUUCUUUGGGAUAUCAAUUUAGAAGGAAAUAAAGAGACUGCCAGACUGGCAAGAAAAGCUGGAGCUGUGAGAGUACAUGAAUACAUUUGUGACUGCAGCAAAAGGCAAGAGACCUAUCGAGCAGCAGAUCAGGUGAAAAAGGAAGUUGGUGAUGUCAGUAUCUUGAUUAACAAUGCUGGCAUUGUAACGGGAAAGAAAUUCUUGGAUGCUCCCGAUUUGCUGAUAGAAAAAACAAUGGAAGUGAACACAAUGGCACAUUUUUGGACUGCCAAAGCAUUUCUUCCAGCCAUGAUGGCCUCUAAUCAUGGACACGUGGUGACUAUUGCAAGUUCAGCUGGGUUAUUUGGUGUCAGUGGAUUGGCAGAUUACUGUGCAAGCAAAUUUGCAGCUGUUGGCUUUGCCGAGUCUAUAGCUAUGGAAAUGCUGUCAAUGGGGAAGACUGGUGUUAAAUCCACAAUUGUCUGUCCAUUUUUCAUAAACACUGGAAUGUUUGAUGGCUGUCAAACAAAGUGGCCGCUCAUCCUGCCCAUUCUAGAUGCAGAAUAUGCAGCUUCAAAAAUUGUGACUGCUGUGCUGCAGAAUCAAGUAUACCUCUUUAUGCCACGAAGCAUAUACGUUUUGCUGGCAGGGAAAAGUGUGGUGCCUACAAAAUUGUUUUUUCUUCUUGCAAAAUAUAUGGGAAAUUUCCAUUUUAUGGAUACAUUCAGAGGUUGGACAAAGAAGACCGAAGGCAUUAAAUAUCAGAAAGCAUCAACAAAAACCCCAGGAUCACUUGACUGACCUGAGUGAAAAGCAGGUCUAUACACCUUCUGCAGCAAUUCUUUCUGUUGUGAAUAUGUGUGCAUAAUUCAAUAUAGAGAUGAAUAAAAUCUGAUCUAAAACUAAAUUGCACCAUCACUAAAACAUGAAUUACUUUGAUUUCACCUGCUUUUAAAAUUCCUACACCUCUGCUUAAUGUGGCUUGCAAACUAAUAAUUUACUGCAAUAAAAUUUAUUUAACUUCUA